UCCUCCAAAUUUCUUUCUACGAAACGAGCAUUCUGGUUCCAGCAGCCUGAGACGACCUCACACUCGAAGACACUGGCGGUCGGGCCUCCAACAUCGGGGUCUGAUGUUUCGGCCCAAGCUGCCAGAAUGGUGUUGCAAUUUCCACCCUGGCGACACGCUUCCGAACUAGCCAUGAUUCGAGACUGGUUUUUCCCCGACCGUGCGAAACAGGAUGCAUUUUCGACCACCCCACAGAUUAUGAAACAGAGAGCUGUCGACAAAGUCAAUCUCUGGCUCUUCAAGGCUGGCCAGCUUCCCCCUGCAAUGGUUGCCACGUCUGCUCUUACCGAGGCCCUCCUCCACGAUGAACCAAGCCGGAGAUCUCGAGGCAUAUCAGACUCAGCUAUGCAGAGCAUCUAUGCCAUGGCUUUCGCGAGGUUUGUGAACGGUUUCGUUGAUCGAGAUGUAGCCCGAUUGCAUACCGUGGACCUGGCAUCAGACGGGUCUGAGAUGGAGGAUGCUGCUGUCCCACCAGCCAAGGGUGAAAGUUCCAUGUAUGCACAUGCGAGUGCGAUUGGCAUGCCACAGAAGUUUGUCGACCUACGACAUCAGGUUACCCACGGCGACAUUCCAAACUUGUUCUAUUUGAGGCAAAUGACACAACAGGCCUUGACUUGGUUAUGGGAGAAGUGGUGGGCUAAACACGUAGAAGGUGAUUCAGGGCAGGCGUUGAGGGAACUGGAAGAACGAAGGAGACUGGCACGAGAAGCCAACGAUGCAGAGUUUGGACAGGCCGAGUUCAAUGAUGAGGAUGACACAACCAUCCCUUACGCAAUCGAAGUCGGAGCCGGGCAAGAAGAGAAUGUUACAAAAUAUACUCGAAGCAUGUCCAACGCUGUACGGGAACGAACAGGAACAGACUCACACAAACGGAAGCGAGACAUUGUUGACGAUAAUGACACGAGAUAAUCUCCAAAUCUGCUCUUUAUAAAAGUAUUUCACGUACGAGUACGGAUACAUGUGUUAGAAUUGUCGAUGGUA